GACGAACUCAUGUACAUGCAAGAUACUCCUCCACUCCAUCGCAAGCAGUUAGUCACGUUGUUUCAUAUCUUCUUCUCCCUCCUCAUUCCCUUUCUUCCAGGAGACGGUUGAGGCAGGGAUCCCAUCGACAGGAACCAUAUUCUUCUGAUUCCCUGCUAUCGACGCAGGUUAACCGGUUCGUCGAUUUCCUACGACCUCGCACUGAUAACACAAAGUUCAGUUCGAUUCCCGUUUCAAAAAAAGUUCAGUUCGAUAUAAAUCAUCGCUGCGCAACAGCCACCCUUUCUGCAUAUCAGGAGUGGCUCACAUAAGAUCUCCAUCAAGUAUAGUGUUGGAUCGAUUGAUCAAGCUGCGGGAGAACAUCAACAUGUCGGUGGAUGUCGCCGGUGCGGAGAAGAAGAAAAAACCGUUGAUGGCGGAGGGGCUGCUGCUCGCUGCGAGCAUGGUGCUGGUUCAGGCCUUCACCAUAGGGGCCCUCCUCCUGUCCAAGGUCGCCUUCAACAUCGGCAUGGCGCCUUUCGUCCUCCUCGCCUACCGCAAUCUCAUUGGCUCCAUUAGCGUGGCCCCCUUCGCCUUCUACUUCGAGAGAGAGAUGAUGAAAAAGGUGAACCUCAAGAUAUGGUGCUGGAUCUCCGUCAACGCUUUGUUUGGAAUUGUGCUAGCAAUGGGACUGCACUACUACGGUCUGCGCGCCACCAACGCUGGCUACACUGUCAAUUUCCUUAAUGUGAUCCCCGUUGUCACCUUUAUCAUUGCUGUAAUACUCCGACUGGAAAAGCUGAAGAUCGCGACAUGCCCGGGCAAGAUGAAGGUUGUCGGCACCGUGAGUUGCGUGGGAGGGACGAUGGUGAUCAGCCUGUACAAAGGCAAACUGCUGCAUCUAUGGCCUACACACCUGUUGAAAUCGCAGCUGCAGGCGGUCGGCGGGGUCUCCUCCGUCCCUGACCACCACAACAUGCUCAUUGGCACACUCUUCCUAGCCGGGAGUUCCCUCAGCUACGCCUUUUGGUUCAUCAUACAGGCACGAGUGUCCAAGGAGUUCCCCUCCAAGUACUUCUCGACAAUGCUAGCCUGCGUUUCAGGGACCGUGCAGGCGAUGGUGAUUGGGGUGAUACUGAACCACGAUCCAUCGGCAUGGGCGGUCAAGUGGGAUCUACAGCUGCUCACCGUCGUCUACUCGGGUGUGUUCAACACGGGAGUCACCUUUUGCUUGAUCUCAUGGGCUGUUGCCCGUCGCGGGCCCACCUACCCUUCCAUGUUCAACUCCCUGGCACUUAUAGUCACCAUGAUCCUAGAUUCAGUGCUGCUUGGCACAGAUUUCUCCGUGGGGAGUUUGCUAGGAGCCAUCCUGAUCAUUGUAGGGCUGUAUGCCUUCCUCUGGGGGAAAGGGAAAGAGGUACAAGAGCAGCGCAAGCAAAUGAAGGCCGCGGCUAACAGAGACCAGAGCAAGGGCAGCGCAGCGGCGGGUAAUGGAGUCGAUAGCCUGCAGGUUGGGAAGCACGAGGUGCGGAUUCACCUGGAAGUCAGCGAGCGAGCUAAUUAGAUAUAAAUAAUUUCUUUCGGUAAAGGAAAUAUAUUAAUAUGAAGAUCUAACCACAGUACCUGAGAUUGAAUACUCACUCCAUAUGUUUCUCCACAUAUAUUUAUGCCUUAUCCAGACUCCUUUUGUCGACAUAAUGUGUCGUAUGGGGCCAUCGACCAUGCAUGCUACUCCCCAUACCAUAUUCCAAUGUAGCACAUUAUUCCGAAUUAACGAUUUUCGUGUAAGCUGGAUAGUACUAUAAAAACAGAGACAUACCUA